CGUCUGCAUAAAGUCUGACGGCGACAUGUUACAGUGUGUGAAUGAAUUAGACACAUCACUGUCCUGCUGCUCCUCAUCUCUGCUUUGCUCCACAAUCUCCCACCUGGUUAAUUGGUUCUGAACAUCAAUGGACAUUUGCUAAAGAGACAAACUAACACAUUUGUGCAGCAGGAAGCGUAAACUUGUGGUCAGAGCUGUUUGAGUGAAUAGGAAGGAAGAACAGAGCAGCUCUGAAUCAGGUGAUGAUCUGUAGCUUGUGUCUUAGUGUUUGCGGUCAUUCCUCUACAGCGACAGUGUGUGUGGAUGUGAAGAUGGAGCUGACUUUGCUCUGUGUACUGUCAUUAUUCUUGCUAAAUACGAACGUCUACGGAAAUGAUGCUGUUUCCUAUAGAGUCUCUGUGACCAAACAACCCAGCUGGACUCAGACAUUCAGUGGUGAGAGCAUCACUCUCACAUGUGAGAUCCAUGGAGGUGGAGACGCUCAGUGGGAGUAUGAAUGGAGAACAACCAGCUCAAACCAACCUGAUGAUAAAACUGGUAAAGUGUUGAAGAUCAGUGAAGCUGAUGUGUCUCACAGUGGAGACUACAGCUGCAUGGGCAGAAGAAACUAUGAGUCAACACAGUGGAGUAAUGUCAUCACACUGACAGUAACAUCAAAACGACCCAAACCCAGACUGACUGCAGGUCCAUCAACCAUAUCAGUAGGAGGCAGCGUGAAACUGAGCUGCUCUGUGGACGGUUCUGAUGGAUGGAAAUAUGAGUGGUUCAGAUGGACGUCAAACAGAUGGACACCAGCAGCUGAUGGAGACAACAGAGAAAUCAGAGUCACACGAGGAGGAAAAUACAUGUGCAAAGGAAGAAGAGGAGAACCAGCUGUUUACACUUCUAACAGUGAUGAUGUCACCAUCAAGAUAACUUAUUCUAAUUCUGUGUCUGUGAGUCUACAACUGGACUGGACUCAGGUGAUCAGAGGUCAGAUCACUGUUAGAUGUGAGAUCCAGGGAGGUGGAAACACUAAGUGGGAUUAUUACUGGAAAACAACCAGUGGACAAACAAUCACAAAGAGAACAGUCACUAAUUACUGGACAGCGUCUGCGUUCAGCAGUGGAAGCUACAGGUGCAGAGGAACAAACAGACAGGACCCAUAUUCUUCAACACGGUGGAGUGAAGCUGCUGCACUGACAGUAUCAGGUGCUGUGUUGACCCUUGACCCCAGCAGGUCCAGGUAUUUUACUGGAGAGUCUGUGACCUUCACAUGUGACAUGAAGGACGACAAACGCACUGACUGGGAAACCAGACUCAUCAAAGAUGGAGGAGAAAUAGCUUCAUAUAGUGGAUACAGAAAAAAAGCUCUGUCUACAGGAGACAGUGGUAGAUACCAGUGUUUUAGAGUCCACAGGAAAACAAACCACAUAAAAACCAGUGGAACCAUUGAUUUAACUGUAUCAGAUAAACCCAGAGCCUCACUGACAUCAGUCAACACAGUCAUAGCAGCAGGAGGCAGCGUGACACUGAGCUGCUCUGUGGACGGUUCUGAUGGAUGGAAAUACGACUGGUUCAGAUCAGCAGCUCUGAUCAGAACAAACACUAACAGUAUCAGAAUCACAGAUGGAGGAAACUAUUACUGCAGAGGAGGAAGAGGAAACCCAGUUUACUACACACAGAACAGUGUCUCAGUCACUUUUGAGGAAACAGUUUCCAACAAGGCUGCUGUAAAAAGGCAGCAUGACUGGCCUGAGAUAUUCAAAGGAGAGGAGAUCACUCUGACAUGUGAGAUCCAGGCUGGAGGAGACACUGAGUGGGAAUAUGAAUGGACCCAAGGCAACGUAAGAAGAACUGCAGAUGGGACGAAACUCUGGGUUUUCACUGCUUCUGGUUCCAGUAGUGGAGACUACAAGUGUAGGGGUCGACAGAAAACCAGUUAUUCCUUCACAGCAUGGAGUGAUCCUCUACGUUUGACAGUAACAGCGUCUGAACCCAAAGCCUCUGUGACACCAGACAGAACCACACAAAACAUACGACAAGGUGAAAGUGUGAAACUGAGCUGCUCUGUGGACGGUUCUGUUGGCUGGAAAUACGACUGGUACCAACGUUCCACAGACUCCUCUGAAGCUCAGGCCAUGAAAGGUUCUGACCCAGAUGGAGUUAAUGUCAGAGUGACAGCAGGUGAGUUCUACUGCAGAGGAGGGAGAGGAGAGCCACCGUUCUACACACAAAACAGCAGCAAAGUCACCGUUACAGAAACUGUUUCCUAUAGAGUCUCUGUGACCAAACAACCCAGCUGGACUCAGACGUUCAGUGGUGAGAGCAUCACUCUCACAUGUGAGAUCCAUGGAGGUGGAGACGCUCAGUGGGAGUAUGAAUGGAGAACAAGCAGCUCAAACCAACCUGAUGAUAAAACUGAUUCUAAUUCUGUGUCUGUGAGUCUGCAACUGGACUGGACUCAGGUGAUCAGAGGUCAGAUCACUGUUAGAUGUCAGAUCCAGGGAGGUGGAGACACUCAGUGGGUUUAUGACUGGGAAACAACCAGUGGACAAACAAUCACACAUAGAACAUACACUAAUUCCUGGACAGCGUCUGCGUUCAGCAGUGGAGGCUACAGGUGCAGAGGAACAAACAGACAGGACCCAUAUUCUUCAACACGGUGGAGUGAAGCUGCUGCACUGACAGUAUCAGAUGCUGUGUUGACCCUUGACCCCAGCAGGUCCAGGUAUUUUACUGGAGAGUCUGUGACCUUUACAUGUGACAAGAAGGACGACAAACGCACAGAGUGGAAAACCAGACUCAUCAAAGAUGGAGGAGAAAUAGCUUCAUAUAGUGGAUACAUAAUAAAGAUUCUUUCUACAGGAGACAGUGGUAGAUACCAGUGUUUUAGAGUCCACCGGAAAACAAACCACAUAAAACGCAGUGGAACCAUCUAUUUAGCUGUGUCAGCAGAACCACCCAAAGCCAGACUGACAGCAGGUCCAUCAACCAUAUCAGCAGGAGGCAGCGUGACACUGAGCUGCUCUGUGGACGGUUCUGAUGGAUGGAAAUACGACUGGUUCACAUCAGCAGCUCUGAUCAGAACAAACACUGAAUCUAACAGUAUCAGAAUCACAGAUGGAGGCAACUAUUACUGCAGAGGAGGAAGAGGAAACCCAGUUUACUACACACAGAACAGUGUCUCAGUCACUGUUGAUAAAACAGUUUCCAACAAGGCUGCUGUAAAAAGGCAGCAUGACUGGCCUGAGAUAUUCAAAGGAGAGGUGAUCACUCUGACAUGUGAGAUCCAGGCUGGAGGAGACACUGAGUGGGAAUAUGAAUGGACCCAAGGCAACGUAAGAAGAACUCCAGAUGGGAGGAAACUCUGGGUUUUCACUGCUUAUGGUUCCAGUAGUGGAAACUACAAGUGUAGGGGUCGACAGAAAACCAACAGUUAUUCCUUCACAGCAUGGAGUGAUCCUCUACGUUUGACAGUAACAGCGUCUGAACCCAAAGCCUCUGUGACACCAGACAGAACCACACAAACCAUACAAACAGGUGAAAGUGUGACACUGAGCUGCUCUGUGGACGGUUCUGAUGGUUGGAAAUAUUACUGGUACCAACGUUCCACAGACUCCUCUGAAGCUCAGGCCAUGAAAGGUUCUGACCCAGAUGGAGUUAAUGUCAGAGUGACAGCAGGAGGUGAGUUCUACUGCAGAGGAGGGAGAGGAGAGCCACCGUUCUACACACGAAACAGCAGCAAAGUCACCGUUACAGAAACUGUUUCCUAUAGAGUCUCUGUGACCAAACAACCCAGCUGGACUCAGACGUUCAGUGGUGAGAGCAUCACUCUCACAUGUGAGAUCCAUGGAGGUGGAGACGCUCAGUGGGAGUAUGAAUGGAGAACAAGCAGCUCAAACCAACCUGAUGAUAAAACUGGUAAAGUGUUGAUGAUCAGAGCUGAUGUGUCUCACAGUGGAGACUACAGCUGCAUGGGCAGAAGAAACCAUGAGUCAACACAGUGGAGUGAUGUCAUCACACUGACAGUAACAUCAGAACCACCCAAAGCCAGACUGACAGCAGGUCCAUCAACCAUAUCAGUAGGAGGCAGCGUGACACUGAGCUGCUCUGUGGACGGUUCUGAUGGAUGGAAAUAUGACUGGUACAGACAGACGUCAAACGAAUGGACAGAAGCAGCUGAUGGAGACAACAAAGAAAUCAGAGUCACACGAGGAGGAAAAUACAUGUGCAGAGGAAGAAGAGGAGAACCAGCUGUUUACACUUAUCAAAGUGAUUAUGUCACUAUCAAGAUAACUUAUUCUAAUUCUGUGUCUGUGAGUCUGCAACUGGACUGGACUCAGGUGAUCAGAGGUCAGAUCACUGUUAGAUGUGAGAUCCAGGGAGGUGGAGACACUCAGUGGGUUUAUGACUGGGAAACAACCAGUGGACAAACAAUCACACAUAGAACAGACACUAAUUCCUGGACAGCGUCUGCGUUCAGCAGUGGAGGCUACAGGUGCAGAGCAACAAACAGACAGGACUCAUAUUCUUCAACACAGUGGAGUGAAGCUGCUGCACUAGAUGCUGUGUUGACCCUUGACCCCAGCAGGUCCAGGUAUUUUACUGGAGAGUCUGUGACCUUCACAUGUGACAUGAAGGACGACGAACGCACUGACUGGGAAACCAGACUCAUUAAAGAUGGAGGAGAAAUAGCUUCAUAUAGUGGAUACAGAAGAAAAGCUCUGUCUACAGGAGACAGUGGUAGAUACCAGUGUUUUAGAGUCCACAGGAAAACAAAGCACAUAAAAACCAGUGAAACCAUCAAGUUAAUUGUAUCAGCAGAUAAACCCAGAGCCUCACUGACAUCAGACAACACAGUCAUAGCAGCAGGAGGCAACGUGACACUGAGCUGCUCUGUGGACGGUUCUGAUGGAUGGAAAUACGACUGGUUCAGAUCAGCAGCUCUGAUCAGAACAAACACUGAAUCUAGUAUCAGAAUCACAGAUGGAGGCAACUAUUACUGCAGAGGAGGAAGAGGAAACCCAGUUUACUACACACAGAACAGUGUCUCAGUCACUGUUGAUAAAACAGUUUCCAACCAGGCUGCUGUAAAAAGGCAGCAUGACUGGCCUGAGAUAUUCAAAGGAGAGGUGAUCACUCUGACAUGUGAGAUCCAGGCUGGAGGAGACACUGAGUGGGAAUAUGAAUGGACCCAAGGCAACGUAAGAAGAACUCCAGAUGGGAGGAAACUCUGGAUUUUCACUGCUUAUGGUUCCAGUAGUGGAGACUACAAGUGUAGGGGUCGACAGAAAACCAACAGUUAUUCCUUCACAGCAUGGAGUGAUCCUCUACGUUUGACAGUAACAGCGUUUAAACCAAAGGCUGAACUGAGAAGUGAUGAGACAGACAUCCCAGUAGGGGGCAGUGUGACGCUGAGCUGCUCUGUGACGUCAUCGUCUGGUUGGAAAUAUUACUGGUACAGACAUAAAUCCUCUGAGGUCCUGAUCACACAAGAUGGUGAAACCAGUGUCUCUCAGGAAGGACUGUACUGGUGCAGAGGAGGAAGAGGAAACCCAGUUUACUACACACAGUACAGUGACUCAGUGAGGAUCAACAAAAAUGUCCCAAACAAGGUGGUCGUGACUCUUCAUCCCAACUGGACUCAGUUGUUCAGUGGAGAGACGAUCACUGUCAGAUGUGAGAUGGACGACAGAGGAGACACUGAAUGGGAAUAUGAAUGGAAAACACCCAGAACAACAAACACACAACAGAAUGAAGUCAACAUCAGCUCAGCUUCUUCAUCCCACAGUGGAAACUACAGAUGUAGAGGCAGAAUGAGAAACGCUCAACAUGACACAACAGAGUGGAGUCAAUCCAUCAGACUGACAGUCAGUGACAGAAAAGCCCAGUGUGUCCUCACAGCGUCUCCAUCUUGGCUGAGUCCUGGAGCCUCAGUAGCUCUGAGCUGUGAGGUUGAGCCUCCAUCUGCAGGAUGGAGGUUCUACUGGUACCAGACUGUUCCUGAUGGCUCACACAGCUCCUACAGAUAUGAGCUGCUACCUGGUAGUGAGCAUGGGACUGAACAGGGCUCCUACAUGCUUGAUGGACACACACACACAGCAGGAUAUGUGUGUAGAGCUGCAAGAGGAGAACCAGUGUAUUACACUGAAUACAGCAAAGCAGCAUUCGUCUGGUCUGGAGAUGUUGAUCCGUCAGCGUCUCUCACAGUGAGUCCUGACACAGUUCAACACUUCACCCGUGACUCUGUGUCACUGAGCUGUGAGGGAAACUCUACUGAGUGGAGAGUCAGGAGGUUUCCUAAAGGAGGCUUCCUGUCAUCCUGCUCCCACUGGACAACAUCUGGAUCCAGAUGUGACAUCAUCACAUCACAGUCUGGUUCUGCAGUGUUCUGGUGUGAGUCUGGAUCAGGACACUUCAGUAACUCAGUCAACAUCACUGUUCAUGAUGCAGGUUUGAUCCUGAUGAGUCCUGUCCGUCCUGUGACUGAGGGACUCUCUGUGAGUCUGAGCUGUAAGUUGAAGACAGGACAAAAAGCUUCCAGUGUGUUUUUCUAUCACAAUGAGCAACUGAUCCAAAACGACAGCAGAGUAGAGCUGAACAUCUCUGCAGUGUCAAAGUCACAUGAAGGUUUCUACAAGUGUUGGUACCAAGGAACAGAGUCUCCACAGAGCUGGAUGGCAGUGAACGCAUCGAAGACAAGCAAUGGAAACGUUCCUGUAAUGUUGGUUGUUGGACUUGUUUGUGGAGUCGGUCUGCUUCUUCUUCUUCUGCUCCUUUCAUGUCAUUUCAGACGGUCCAAGGGUUCAUGUUUUAUCAGGCCAACUCAGUCAGGAACCGUAUGGACCUCCAACACAACUCCCAGUGUCAACAAGAAUCAAAACCAACCUGAGGCUCGUAUCUAUGAAUCUGUGAAUGACUCUGAAAACACUGGAAAAGAUGAGGAUGUCACAUAUUCUGUCAUUGAACUGAAAUCAUUUGAAAAGAACAGAAGGCAGCAUAAACCAGCAGAGAGCUCAGUCUACUCUGACCUGAAGAUACGACCUGCAGACGAUGCUCUGCUCUACGUCCAGGUCAAACACAACAAGGACAGGAGAAAGAGGGUCAAAGGAAAACCUUCUGCUGCAGCCACUGAUGAACCUGUUUAUUCUCAGGUCAAACCUGGAACAUCUUUUGGCUACGAUGUAGCCAUGUAGCUUAGUGUGACCACUUAUUCUGCAGAUGUGAUUCAUCAGUAGAACUUAUUUAAAGUAAAGUAGUUGAAUAACAAAUUGUUAGAUAUCUGAUGAGUCCAUGUUGUUGUUUUCCUUUAAUUCUGUAAAUAAAACCAAAUGUUUACAGUGUAAUUUAUAAACCAAAACAUAAACAACCAUUUGCUAUACAAAACAUGAACUGUACAUAUACUGUACAUAUUUUUUGAAUUUAUUAACUGCAGGAUGUUUCAACAACUAUGAGCUAAAUAAUGCACAAUGUUAAGCUUCCCAACAGAAGUGAUGCUGCAGCUUUAAUGUAACAAUCAUUGAUUUACUUUAAUUUUUACUGUGAGCAGUAAGUUUACUGUAACA